CUUCUCUACCUCAGCUGCUACGAUAUGGCGGGGAAUUUUUGGCAGAGUUCUCAUUAUCUGCAGUGGGUCCUGGAUAAGCAGGACCUGAUGAAAGAGCGCCAGAAGGACCUGAAGUUUCUCACAGAAGAGGAGUACUGGAAGCUACAGAUUUUCUUUGCCAAUGUGAUCCAGGCUUUAGGUGAACACCUGAAGCUGCGUCAGCAGGUCAUUGCUACUGCAACUGUUUACUUUAAACGCUUCUAUGCCAGGUAUUCUCUGAAAAGUAUAGAUCCAGUUCUCAUGGCUCCUACCUGUGUUUUCCUGGCUUCUAAAGUUGAGAUAUUAGAAUGUGAAUUUUACCUUUUGGAACUGAUGGACUGUUGCCUGAUUGUGUACCACCCCUACAGACCACUGUUGCAGUAUGUGCAGGAUAUGGGACAGGAGGACAUGCUGCUGCCUCUGGCCUGGCGAAUAGUGAAUGACACGUACAGGACAGAUUUGUGUCUGCUCUACCCUCCCUUCAUGAUCGCCUUGGCCUGUCUGCAUGUUGCCUGUGUGGUGCAGCAGAAAGAUGCCAGACAGUGGUUUGCAGAGCUCUCGGUCGACAUGGACAAAAUCCUGGAGAUUAUCCGUGUCAUUCUGAAGCUGUAUGACCAGUGGAAAAAUUUUGAUGAUAGAAAGGAGAUAGCUGCUGUCCUAAAUAAGAUGCCAAAACCCAAACCACCUCCAAACAGUGAGAGUGAUCAGAGCUCCAAUGGGAACCAGAGCAACUCCUACAGUCAGUCUUAGCAUGCCGUCUGUAUUUCCGUGGGAAUCCAUAAUGUCGACGUGGAGGAUCUUCUAGUAAUGUCACAGUGCAACCAUUACAGUGUCACUUGGAAACAGUCACAAUCAGAAAUUUGAUCCUCAAUCAACCCCCACUCCCCAACAAACUGAGUGUCUUUACCUUUUCCUCCUUGUCUGAUCAUUAUGGGUUUGUGGACUGAGCGAGAAACACGGAAAUGCCUGCAGUGAACAGCAAAUCGAAUACAACAAGCCAUGACGUUGUCUCGAUUAGGCUCCAACUUGAAACGAACUUAAAAGCCAAGGAACAUUUUGGGGUGGGAGGGAAUGUAGGGGGAACAGAUGUAAUGGUUCAGUAGACACUCGCCAUUGUGAUGAUCCUGACAUCCUUGAACAGUCCAGAGGAGUGAGUGUUUACACGUCGAGCUCCGUGGGAUUUGAAAAAACAAAACUUGAUCACGAGCACUGUGCGUGCAUGUCUGUGUCUGUGUGUACUACAUGUGAGCGGCCACUCUGGGUGGGUUUUAAUUCCUCAGGGAUUGCAGUAGACUUUUUUUUUUUUCCUGUUAAUUGAUUUUGAGCUUACAGGGUGGAUCUUAUUGGUUAUCACCCUGUUCAGCUGUGAUGGGAUGCACCCUGCCCUGUUAAGUGUCUCUGCUGGCUGAUUGGUUAACUGUGGCUGGAGAAAUGCCAAGAGAAGCUCCUCAUGAGGGCACAAACGAGCUCUUUGAAUACAAGAAUUUACUGUUUUGAAUCAUGACAACCCCACCAACCCCCACCUCCUUGUAAAUAGCCUUAUGAUACUUUUCUUUUAUCUUUCAUGCUUUUGCUUAUAUAAGAAAAGUUUAAUGGAAAUCAUGAGCUGGUUUGUGCUUCAGAUAAAAGUGCCCCUGUUUGUUUGUUUUAUAGUAAUUUUUUUUUUUCCAUUUACCCUACUUUAGUUGUAUAGUGCAUUAUCUAACACUUUUUUUUUGGAAAAACCUUUGCUUUUAAUUCUCACGGAACAUCUUUUUUAAAAAUGUUUUUCUGCGAAGUUUUGGUUGUACCUUAUUUUAAUUUACUCUAUUCCCUGAAUUUAAUCACUGAGUUGUGGCAAUAUGUGUGUGUAAAUGUCUCUAUAUUUUUGUGAUGUAAUACAGCGGAAGCUGUGUGUGUGGCUGUACUUAAAAAAAGGUGCUUGAAAGCCUUACAAAAUAAAAGCUGCUGGUUAAAGAGAGAACCCCUCAUGAAAGCACAUUGUCCCAUUCAGGUGAACUGCACAGUGUGCUGCUAUUGUUGCUUAUUAUUAUUAUUUUUCUUUCAGGCCUUUUCUUUUUUUUUUCUUUUAAAGAAAGAAAGAAAAACAGAUGUGGCACGGUGCCCUCUGGCCUUUUUCCUGCCAUUCAACUCAUCUAUUGUUGGUGUCCACUUUAAAAUAGGGUGUGAUCCUAUGAUCCUACAUGGAUAUAUCUAGUUCU